ACCCUAUGAAUUUCUCUGUAACUUUCACUGGCAAAAUUGAGACAAAGCAGCAGAGAGAGCGGAAAGGCAUGGCGAAUCCGAAUCAAAGCAUGGUUCUACGCAGAAAUCAACUCAUCGUUUCGGCUCUCUGUAAUCGCCUCCACUUGGACUCCAAAAUUUUUGACGGUGACGUAUUGCAAAGUGAUAUAAAGAGCUUGUGUAAAAACAUUUACAUGGCGAGGCAAAGUGAGGUGAUGAAGUGGAUAGAGUUUGCAGAGAACUGUAAUGUAGAUUCUGAGGCAUGCUUAAGGGCUCUCAACGAGUUAAAUGAGUGCUUGGUUUCAAAGUCAGUUCUGGUGGGUGGGGGACUGACGCCCUCUGAGGCUGAUGUUUUUGUCUUCUCAGCAAUAUAUACCACUGUGAAAGGUCUUUCAGAUUCAGAGAGGAAUAGCUUACCACAUUUGUUGAGAUGGAUGGAUUAUAUUCAGAAUACAGAGGACUUUGGGGAAACAUUUGAACAGAUUUUGGUAGAGAAGGCCAAAUUCGAUCCUCUACGGGUUAAAGAGGAUGCAAAUGCAAAGAAGACCGCGCAAGGCAAGAAAGAUGAAGUCGGUGUAGAGAGAGGCUCGAGUUCAAUCAAACCUGCUGAUGUGGAAAAGGUCAGAGGAGAUAGUCAAGCUCCGGCAGAGAAGAAGAAAUUGCCUGGAAAAGUAGCAGAUGAGAAAGAUAAAAACAUUGGUAUUGCUGGGACAGAGAAGAAGAAUUUGCCUGAAAAAGUAGCAGACGAGAAAGAUAAAGACAUCAGUGUUAGCUUGCUGAAAAUACAGGUCGGCCUUAUUCGCAAAGCAUGGAAGCAUCCAUCUGCCGACAGUUUGCUGGUUGAGGAGAUAGACACCGGAGAUGCUAAAUUGCGGCAGGUGGUCAGUGGUCUGGCAAAGUAUUGCAACGCAGAUGAUUUGACGAACCGUCGUGUGGUUCUAAUCACCAAUGUAAAACCUGGAAAGCUAAGAGAUGUGAUGUCGGAAGGAUUGGUGUUAUGUGCUUCUAAUGACGAUCAUACCGUUGUGGAACCCAUCACUCCUCCAGAAGGUGCUAAAGUUGGUGAAUGUGUUUCAUUUUCCGGGCACGAGGGAAAGCCAGAAGAAGUACUAAACCCAAAGAAGAAACAAUUGGAGAAGAUCACGCCGCAUCUUUUCACCGAUGACAAGGGGGUUGCCACGUUCAAGGGAAUUCCAUUCACGACAUCUUGUGGGUCAUGCACGUCUUCUAUUCCUAAUGCAAGCAUCAAAUAAAGAAGAUUAUUACAUAUCAAAUCAAACCGAGCUUCCCUACACCGGUUUUCUUCAUCUGCUUUGUCUGUUGAUUGUGUGUUUGCAAGCUCUGCCUGUAAGGCAAUGCCGUUUGUAAGAAAAGGAAAACAAUGUUAGCUAAUUUGAGGCAGUAGCCGCAGUACAAUUCCAAGACCAUCUCUUACCUCCAUAGGCAUUACAUUCUAUACAUAUUUCCUUUCAUGUUUGAUAUGUGACAUUUUUCGUUGCUAA